GUAACUAAUGUAAAAAGACAUUUCAAACAUAACAGUAUGACUACCUGUUGGUACUGUGCAAAGAUACCACUGUGCCAUGUUUGAACCUAAAAAAAAGAAAGAAAUAUUUUGUCCAAGAGAAACAAAAGAUUUGACGCUUUCCUGCAAAUCAUGUGACUUUCAAAAAAUGGGUGUUGGCCCAUGUAUAAAUACAACUGUGUUUCUUCCUGUCUGCAAACUCCUGACGUGAGAUAGAUAAAGAAGCUCCUGAACAGCAACAAAGUGCUUGGUAACGCUGAAAACACUCAAAUCCAGAACCAAUCAUGGCAGAAUCUACUGAAGGACAAAAAAUGGCCAGUUUAAAAACAGAAUUGCACAAAUUUGAUAAAAUCAUCAAACAAAGCAGUGGAAUUGAUGAUGGUAUUCCUGCUCUAUGCCAUCUGACACCAAGCACAAACUUUUGUGAUGAAUCUGAACCAUACAGAAAAAUGAACUUUGGAGAGAGAGACAAAAACAAACCCCAUAAAACCAUUCUGAUGGUGGGAGAAACAGGAACAGGAAAAACAAAACUAAUCAAUGUGAUGAUCAACUACAUGUUGGGUGUUCAGAGAGAAGACAAGGUUUGGUUUGAGAUCACAGAUGAUCAGAGUAACCGAACACAAGCUCACAGUCAGACCUCCAUCAUCACUGUUUAUGGGUUUUAUCUACAAGAGAGUCAAACUGAUUUAACAAUCAUCGACACUCCAGGAUAUGGAAAUACUCGUUCUGUUGAGAAAAAUAAAGAGAUUGGCAUGAAUUUGCUUAAUUUAAGCAGAUGUGAUGACAGGGUUCAUGAAAUAGAUGCAGUUUGUCUGGUGAUUAUGGCACACCAGAAUCGACUCUCUGACAGACAAAUAUACAUAUUUGAUGCUGUUCAGUCUUUAUUUGGAAGAGAUAUUAAUGAAAACAUUGUCUUGCUUUUCACACACUCACGUGGAUCUCAUCCUAAAAAUGCCCUGACGGCUGUUAAAGAGGCUGAAAUCAAGUCUGCAAUGAAUGACAAGAAGAAGCCAGUGUUUUUCCUGUUUGACAACUGUCAGUCUGACACUGAUGAAGAUGAAACAAUCCAGGAACAAUCAUGGAAUCUCAGUUUUAGAGGAAUGACAGGAUUUCGCAAAUUUCUUGACAAGAUAAAGCCAAAAGCCCUGAAGAUGACUCAAGAUGUGUUGCAACUACGAAAGCAGUUGGAGGAAACCAUCUCAAAUGUACAACCAUAUAUUGAAAAAAUAGCCCCCAAAAAAGAAGAGCUGAAACAAACUCAAGAAGCUUUGGGCAAGGAAAAGGAAUAUAUUAAAAACAAUGAGAACUUUGAGUAUGAAGUUGAAGUGAAAUACAAAGAAUGGGUUGAUAUCGAUCGCUCUGUAGACAGUGUGGCAUUGUGUUGCACCGUCUGUGAGGAGAACUGUCAUUAUCCAGGAUGCUGGUGGGUCAGCCGUCUUGCAUGGUGUGUAAUGAUGAAAGACAAUCACUGUACAGUGUGCAAAAAUAAAUGCCACUACAGCAAACAUGUCAAAGGAGCAAAUAUAUAUGUAACCAAGACAAAGAAGGAGAAGAGGACAAAUGAAGCUUUAAAGAAGGAAUUUGAUGGUAAAAUUGGGGUCAGUGAGUCUUUGGUCAAGAAGCUGGAAGAAGAACUUAAAGAAUUAGAAGACAAGAAAAUAAAGCUUGUGAUGGAUGCUUUUCACUGUGUUGGAGCUCUGGAGUUGAUCGCACUCAACACUGAUUCACUGAUUACACUAAUGUAUAUUGAUUUUCUGAUUGAUAAACUGAAGGAAAUAAAUGAAACCCAAAAGGUUGAAACACUGGAAAACAUCAAGAAGAGAGCAGGAGAAGAAAAACAAGGAGCACUCAAAUACAUAAAAAAAAUGUGUUUAUAAAUAGAAAAUCUAAAGAAAGUCAAAAAAGUACACUCUGAAAGUGUCCUUGUAAUAUAAACCUAUAUUAUCACUGUAUUUAUUGCCUGAAGCAAUAAUGUGUUAAUUUACAAAAUGUCCAACGCAAUGUUCAUAUAACUUUUGAGUUUGAUCAAGGUUUCUAAAUACACACAAAAAGUAUUUUAUUAUUGUACAAUUUAUUUAAAAAUUAUUUUUCAUUUAACACCAUUGCAUUAGGUUUCUCAUUCAAACAAUUGCAUUGUGUUGAACUGACUUGAAACAGUUGUGUUUUGGCUCAACUCAAUAUUUUUAUUUUGAAAGGACGUUUCAAUUAAGUAAGACAAAACAAAAUGUGAUGCUUGUUCAAUUUACUUAAGUAAAUUAAGUUAAUCCAACACAGGACUUCCCCUUCCCAUCAUGCAUUCACAGCACUGCACAGAGCAUUGCAAAUGUUGCAAUAAAAUGAUAUUUUAUGCAUUUAUUUUUUUUAUCAAGAGAAUAAAAUUGGGAGACUUGUUACUGUUUAAAGAGGCAUUUCUACCUGAUUUCACCUACAAGUUCUAAUUUGGUGUUAUAACCUACUUCAGUCAGUUUGACAUAAUGCAAAACUGUUUUAAAAAGCUUUUUUAAUUUAAUUUAAUUAUAUUGCCACAAUGCAUAAUCUGCAUUAAAGCUCAAUAUCUACACAUUUUGCUUCAAUAAAAAAUUAUAAUUUGGUUUUAUUUAACAUUAGAUUACAUCAAAGUGAAAAUCACAAUUAACAGAGCUACUUUUCACCACAAUGGUAACACAAAAUUCAAUAACAGAAACUCCUCUAAAUGUACAACUGAACAUGAAACAUUAACAUAAACUACCAACAUAUUUCCCUUUACUGAAAAACAUAAAAUAACACCUAAACCCUAAAUCUACUCUCCUAAUGCAGUCCCUUCCAAAGCAUGCUGGGAACUACAGAUCCACUGCCAUAUCCAACUUUUUGUUUACCAUUAUGGUGAAGAGUAGUGCUUGUGCUUAUGCUGGACACUGAAAGUAUGGUCUGUACUAACAUCUGUUUUUAUUUAAUGGUUUAUUAUAUUGUGCUUUUUAAUGUAUAAUACUGCAAAUUCAACUGUACUGUGUAGAAUCAGAAAUUUUACUUAAA